AUGCCUUUUGGGAUGACAGUCAGUGAGGAUGUCUGUGCUAACUACGGUGUCCAAAGGAACUCUCUCAUUGUGCUUAAGAAGACAUCUGUGAAGAUUUUUGAUGUCCCUGUUGAAAAUCACAUCCUGCUGUUCACCCCAAUGAACUCGGAGCCGUUCAAUGAGAUUUAUGAAAACUACCAGUCUGCUGCUGCAGAAUUCAGAGGAAAGAUAUUGUUUGUUUUGGUGGAUACUAAUGAAGCAAGGAAUGGACGGAUUUUUGAGUAUUUUCGCAUCAGGGACAUUGAUGUUCCUGCUGUGAGAAUCCUAAAUCUGACCAGCGAUGCCAGGUACAAAAUGCCUGCGGAUGAGGUGACUGUGGAGAACCUGAAAGAAUUUUGCCAGAGCUACCUAAAUGGAAAAACAAAGAAACAUCUCUCUAGUGAAGAAAUUCCACAAGACUGGGACAAGAUGCCUGUCAAAGUGCUUGUUGGGAAGAAUUUCAACAGUAUCAUCUUCAAUAAGACCAUGACUGUAUUUGUUAUGUUUUAUGCCCCUUGGUCCCAUGAGUGCAGAAAACUCCUGCUGAUCUGGGAUAAGCUGGGAGAGCAAUACGAAAGUCACAAAGACAUCAUGAUUGCAAAGAUUGAUGUCACAUCCUGUCGGUGGGGCUGGGUCACUCUCCCUUCUUCUCGCUCUUCCCUGCCGGCGCGUGCUACCAGGUGA